AUGAGCUCAGCGUCAACGGGACAGCUGGAUUCAUUCUUAUCGUUUAAAUCAACACCAGAGGUGGAAGUUGAUUCAUUGCAACUUCAAAAGGAACAACCAACUUCAAUUUCUGAAAAAUCAUUAUCACCCCAUGCUAAGGCUGAAAGCCCCAUGAUCGAUGGGAUAUUUGAUACAAAAGUUAAUUUUAGUUCAAUAGAUGAUAAAUUAGACCAAUCUAAAAUAAACCCAGAUGAAACUAUACAAAAUGAAAUAGAUCAGGUUAUCAAAGAGACUGAGAAUCUAGAGAAAGAAGCAGAAUCACAAGAAUCCAGUAAACAACAACAACAAACAAUUGAAGAAAACUUGAACUCACAAGUGAAGAAGGAGGUCCACACUCCUGAGAGACAUAAAGAACCAUUGACUAUUCAACAACAAGAAGAAAACAUAAAAUCAACAGCUGAUGAUAUAUCGAAAGUUUCCGCGUAUGCUCGUUUAGAAUUCGAGAACUUUAUAUUUUAUGUUCAAACGUUACAAGUUGUAUUGGGUAGAAAAUCUGAAAAUGAUCAGUCUCAUUCAGUUGAUGUUCAUUUAGGUGAUUCAAAGGCCAUUUCAAGAAAACAUGCGAAAAUUUUCUAUAAUUUUGGUACAGAAAGAUUUGAAUUAUCAAUUCAAGGGAAAAAUGGUGCUUUUGUUGAUGAUGUGUUCAUAGAGAGAGGUGCUACUGUUCCGUUGACAAAUAAAUCAAAAGUACAGAUUGGUCAAAUUGUUUUCAGAUUUGUUUUACCUGGUAUGAACCCACAAGAAAACUUAGAAAGUCCGUCAAAACCAAUUAAUCCUUCAGAUGCUAUCUCUUUGAGAAGUAGUUUAUAUCAUCAUUCAUCAUCCGAAAAUGUUGGUGAGAAAUCUGGUUCUAAUACUCCUGGUUUGAGUAGUAAAGAUUUUGAACCAGUAGCAAAAGUUGAAAAUGAAACAACUGAGGCUACUGAACAAGUCAAGAAAGCUAAAGAGAAGAAACAACCAAGACCACCAAAACCUCCAAAGAAGGUUUAUACAAUCGAUGAAAUUCCUGAAGAAUAUAGAACUAAGCCAGCUUGCUCAUACUCAAAUUUGAUCGCCACAUGUUUAAGAACUCAUGGGACCUCAAAAGGUAUGUCUUUGGCUGAAAUUUAUAAAUCCAUUAAAGAAUUAUUUCCUUAUUAUAAAUAUUGUCCAGAUGGAUGGCAAAGUUCUGUUCGUCAUAAUUUAUCACUGAAUAAAGCUUUCAGAAAAGUUUCAAAAGAAGGUAAAGGUUGGUUAUGGGGUCUUGAUGAGGAGUACUGUGCUGAAAAAGACCGCCUCAAGAAAAAACAAGCAGCAGCAGCAGCAGCUAAGGCUAAAGCAGCAGCUUUGAAGUUAGAACAACAACAAUUACAACAACAAAAGCUUCAACAACAAAGGCUUGAGCAACAAAAGCAAAGUGAACAAAAUAUUAACCAACAACAAUCUGUUCCAAAUACAUUAUCUUUGCCUAAUAAUCUUCAACAACCACAGGGUUUGCAAAACUUACCAUUACAGCCACCUCCAGCUCUCCAACAACCUUCGUUGGCUCAAAAUCAAGUAAAGGUCAAUACAACUUCAAGUCAAAGUCCUUUACAAAGCCAAUCUCAAAUCAAUAAUACACCAAGUGUGCCUUUUGCUAAUAAUCAAAAACAACAACCUUCUCAGAAUGCACCAUCUUCAAUAUCCAUUCAACAAUUCCAACAACAACCUGUUGCAAAUGUCACAAAUGCAAGACCCACAGUUCCUGCUACAUCGUCUUAUACAACACCUCAACAAUCGCCUUCAAUUGCAGCACCUAAACCACAAGGUGUUACACAGCAGCAUAAACAACAACAAAGACCUCAGCAGGGACAGCAGCAAAAUAACCAGUAUAACUCAACACCUCAAGCUCCUAAACAACAACUUCAACAACCUGUUCCUUUACCACCUUCCACCUUACCUUUACAACAACAAAACCCCCCACCACAACCACAACCACAACAGCAAUUCAAACCAUCAUCCCAAUUACAAUCUCCAGCUCCACAAUUUCAAAAUAAGACACCCAGUAUUCAAGCUCAGUUAGCUGCAAAUCGUGGUAUAUCUUCUCAACCAUCAAGAACCUUAUCUCAGCCUCCACCUCCUCCACCUCAAGUUCCUAAACCACCUCCAACAGGUCUUACAGCUGAUACAAAGAAAGCUUUAGCACAUUUACAACAACAGUUGGUGAUUUUAUCUAAAGAUUUGAAGACUUUAGUUGAUAGACCAACUAUCUCUGCUAUUUUAACACAAGCAAUUGCAAUGACUAUAGCUCAAGUGACUCAAGCGGCUAAGACUAAAGGUAUCACUUCUGAUCCUUUAGCUACACUGAUUGAGACGAAUCCGCAACAAUUGACAAGAAUUUUAACUGUUGCUUUGAAUGCUGCUACUUUCAAGGUUACAAAUGGUAGAAUAAAAGCCCCAUUAAAAGUUUCACAAUCUACAUCAUCUGCUGGAAAUUCCAGAGCUGGUACACCAAAUCCUGUCCAACAAUCACCAUCACCUCGUACCUCAUCACCAAAUGUUGCAAAUAUACCAAUCCAACCAAUUCAUAAACAGACUACUCCUGCAGUUCCAUCACCGAUUCAACAAAAAAGAACUUAUACUCCACCAGCACAACAACAGAGGGCAUACACACCACAACCACAACCACAACCACAAGCCCAGCAGCAAAAGCCAUACACACCUCAACCUCAAGCUACACAUACAUCAUCACCUCAAAUUCAACAGCAAGUUGGUAUGCAUCAACCACCAGUUCAGCCUAAAGUUCAGCUUCAACCACAAUCACAGUCACAACAAUAUACACAAGCACCAGCUACUCAAGGAUAUCAAGGAUUGCAAAACCAAAAAUCUCGAGUGCAAUCAAGUAACUUAAAAGCACCAGUUCAUUCACCAGCCCCAUCUCAACAACAUAUUCAUAAGCCUGUACAACAACAGAGUACUUCCCAACCAAAACAUGCUGUGCAACCUGCUUCACAAGCACACCUGGCAUCUACAUCUAGUCAAAAUCAAGGAGUUAUACAACCACAACCUGUCAAGACACAAUCUAGUAACUUGGUAUCUUCAUUCAACAAACCAAAUGUUAUAAGUACACCUCAAACUCAACCAUCAACACCAAAUGCCCCAAAGGUACAACCAUUACCGAGAUCAGCGUCUUCAUUAAGCUCAGUUCAACCACAGACUUCACAAAACUUGUCAUCUCAGCCACUCAAUACACAAGUACCAUCUGCUACACAAAGUCAAAGCACUCAAAGCCUUACAAAUAAUGGUGCUUUAGCUCAAUUUCAAAAUAAUAAUUCCAUUCAACAAGCACAAACAGAACCUUCAACUCCAAUUGCUCGAAAGAUUGAACCUAUUGUUUCCCAUGCUAGUAAUCCAGUUGAUAUCAAUAGACCAGCUUCACAACCAAAUGCCAAUGCCUUAUUUAGUGGUAAUAUGAGUGUUGAUGAUGUCUCAAGACUGGUUACUGGUGAUUCCACAAAUCUGUUAUCUGAACAGCAUCAAACUCAAAGUGAGAUUCAAAAUUUGCCGAACGAUGUUUCUGCUAAUUUCGAUCAACAAUCAAUCAAGCUGGAGAAAGGACCAGAACCAAAGUCAAAUACAAUAAAUGACAAUAAAACUAAUCAAUUGGGGGCUCCAAAUGUUGUUGUUAAACAAGAAAGGGUUGAAAACUCCAAUUCAAGCCAAACUGGCCAAAAGGUUUCACGGCCUGAUUUGAGCUUUGGUAAACCAGUUAUUGAAUCUACACCACAUGUCCAGAAUUCAGGAUCUGAAGCUCCUGAUUUAUCAUUUUUAGAUGAAGAUGAAGAGUUUAAUAAGGUUUUGAAAUCCUUUUCAAAAGAAGGUACACCAGCUAUUGAAGAAAAUGAUGCAGUUAUGGAUCAAGAAGAAUUGAACAGAUUAUUAUCAUCAGAUUUCACUCAAGCUUAUGAAACGGAAACAAGUAAAAAGAGAUCAUUUGAAGAAGAAUCAGACAUGUCAACGGGAAAUGCACAUACAGAUAAAGCUGCUAGACACGAAUGA